AUGCCUCUCAGGACCAACCUCCCAGGUCAUCUCGCAUCGCGCGCAAAUGACACCGCGCGCAUAGCAUCGGCGUCUGGAUCUGCAGCAGAUAGGCGCCAUGGGCUUGCUGAGCUCGCUCGGAAUGAAGACAUCCAGUACAUUGUCGGCGACUGGAUGUCAGAGUACAACAUGACAUCAAGGGGUGUUGCAAAGGCGACUGAUCCCACAAACUCGUCUGAAUUUGAGCCUUCAUUUCUCGAAGCGGUCGAGCCUGCGCUGCAAUACUUGGAUUCCAGGCGGAUCAAACUUGCCGUCAAUGCUGGCGCAAGCGAUACGAAGAAGCUGCAUGAUGUUCUAGUUCACAUGAUUAGCGAGAAGGGCUUGAAGCUUAAAGUCGCCUGGAUUGAGGGCGACGAGGUGAUUGAUGUUGUUAAAAAGGGGCUGAAGUCUGGAGAAGGAUUUAAGAAUCUGACAACGGGCGAGAAUAUCAAGGACUGGCCUUACGAACCAAUCUACGCUCAGGCAUAUUUGGGCUGCUGGGGAAUAGUUGAAGCAUUCAAGCAAGGAGCUCAUAUCGUGUUGUGCGGCCGUGUAGCUGAUGCUUCGCCAACCAUUGCAUGCGCAGCAUACCAUCAUGGCUGGAAGCGUGAUGACUACUCGCAGCUGGCGCACGCACUCGUUGCAGGUCACUUCAUCGAAUGCACGACUUACGUGACGGGCGGAAACUUUUCUGGGUUCAAGAGCUUGCCUGGUACUUCUGUCGAAAUUGGAUUUCCGAUUGCCAAAGUCGAGGAAACUGGCGAGUUUACCGUCUACAAGCAAGCUCGAACGGGAGGUAUGGUGACUCUGGAAACGUGCAAAGCUCAGCUUCUCUACGAGAUCCAAGGGCCAUACUACUACAACUCAGAUGUCGCAGCCAUCCUAGACAACAUCAAGAUGACACAGGUGGGACAGGAUCAAGUUCGAGUCUUCAACGUCGGCAGUAUGAAGCCUCCUCCGACUACAAAGGUUGGCAUUACAGCCAAAGGCGGAUAUCAAGCCGAAGCCCAUUACUUUCUUUGCGGCCUCGACAUCAACGAGAAGGCGACAUUGUUUGAGCGUCAGCUUCGUCACGUUCUUGACGUAAAGUCCUUCUCUUGUCUCAAAUUCAGCACCAACGGCUCUUGUUCAGAGAACCCCACAAACCAAGAUGCAGCAACUGUCGAUCUCCGCAUCUUUGCACAAGCGCGCGACCAAGCAGCGUUGUCGCCCUUGAAGUUCCUGAAACCAAUUGUGGAUAACAUCAUGCAAAGCUACCCCGGUGCAACAUUCCACCUAGACACGCGACAAGCAAUCCCAAAGGAGUACCAUGAGUACUGGGUUAGCAUUCUCCCGCAGAGCGCAGCAAAGCACGUGUGCCAUUUACCGUGGAAGAGUCAAAAGGUCGACAUUGAGCCCCCGCGGGACACAGUGGACUUUUUGUACGACCAACCGACGUACGAGGCCAAAAGCCCGACUGAUGUGGCGACCUUGGGGCCAACUACAAGGGCACCGCUUGGGUAUGUCGUACAUGCGCGGUCAGGCGACAAGGGAUCCGACAGCAACGUUGGAUUCUUUGUGCGGAAUGCCGACGAGUGGGAUUGGUUAAGGUCGAUGUUGACGGUCGGGAAGAUUCGUGAUUUGCUAGGAGAGGAUGACAAGGGUAAACCGGUUUUCCGUUUCGAGCUCCCACAUCUCCAUGCUGUGCACUUCCUAUUGAAGGAUCACCUGGAUAGGGGCGUCUCUGCUAGCUCGUCUUACGAUUUCCUUAGCAAGAACUUGGCAGAGUAUCUACGAUGCAAGCAUGUCGACAUCCCGGACAGGUUCUUGGCUCGUGGCAGAAUCUGA